UUUCCAAUUUCACGGGUGUUUUAUAAAUAUUUUGAAAAAUAUUUGAUGUGGAGUGAGGGGGUUUAAAUAGGUGUAGCUUCUUAUGUAUGUGUGCGUCUAUCUGACUGGCUCUCUCUCUCUCUCUGCGACUCACCGUUUGCCACUCAAUCAUUCUUCGACAUUCUCUGUUUCGAUCUCACUUCAGAUUACAACUGGGUCCUUAAAAUGGGAAGUAAAGGUAGAAUUCCUCCUCCUCAUCUGAGGCGUCCUCUUCCAGGGCCUGGCAUGGUUCAUCCUGACCCAUUUGGCCAGGGAAUGCACCCUCUGCCAGGCGCCUUUCCUCCUUUCGAUAUGUUGCCUCCGCCAGAAGUUAUGGAACAGAAGCUUGCAGCACAGCACGUGGAGAUGCAGAGACUUGCAACAGAGAACCAGAGGCUUGCUGCCACACAUGGAACUUUGAGGCAAGAACUGGCUGCAGCACAGCAUGAGUUGCAAAUAUUAUAUGCCCAGAUAGGCGCUAUAAAGUCUGAGAGAGAACAACAGGUGGGAAACCUAAUGGAUAAAAUUGCCAAGAUGGAAUCUGAACUUAAAGCUGGUGAGCCUGUUAAGUUAGAGCUCCAGCAGGCACGCACAGAGGCCCAGAAUUUAGUUGUAGCAAGGCAGGAACUUAUCUCAAAAGUGCAACAGCUGUCCCAGGAUCUUCAGAGGGCGCACACAGAUGUGCAGCAGAUUCCUGCUUUGAUAUCAGAACUUGAUAGCCUCAGGCAGGAAUAUCAGCAUUGCAGGGCUACUUAUGACUAUGAAAAGAAAUUAUACAAUGACCACCUUGAGUCACUUCAGCUAAUGGAGAAGAACUAUAUGACCAUGGCAAGAGAAGUGGAGAAACUACGGGCAGAGUUAGUGAACACUUCUAGUGCUGAUAGAAGAACUGGUGGGCCUUAUGGUGGCACCGCUGGAAACAAUGAGAAUGACACUUCUGGGCAUCCUGUAGGACAAAAUGCUUAUGAAGAUGGCUAUGUUGGUCCCCAGGGACGUAGCCAUCAUCCGACAGUUAGUGCUGGUACUGGUGCUACUGCUGCUGCAGCUGGUGGAACUCCUACUUAUGUUGGAGCUCAAACCGGGCCAGCUCCUCCAAGGACUGGCUAUGAUGCAACAAGGGGUCCUGGUUAUGAUGCAGUUGUGGGCCCUAUAUAUGAUUCACAGAGGGGACACAGUUAUGAUGCACAGAGGGGAGGACCUGGUUAUGAUACACAGAGAGGAGUUGGGUAUGAUGUGCAAAGAGGACCCAGCUAUGAUGCACAGAGAGGAGGUAUAUAUGAUGCACAGAGGCCUGGAUAUGAUUUACAGAGAGGACCGGGUUAUGACAUGCAAAGAGGACCUGGCUAUGAUUCAUCUAGAGGUGGUGGUGGUGGUUAUGAUCCUCAGUCCAGAGGUGUUUCUGGGCAUCAUGGGCAAAUGACACCUUCCAACAAUGUGCCUUAUGGGUCUGCAACACCGCCUACACGCAGUGGAGUUGGAUAUGAGACUUCAUCUCGUGGUGGUGGGAACCCUGUUCGGAGAUGAACUUGAGGGCAUUUGCUCCAUGUCAAUGACAUUUUGUAAGAGAUAGUGUAUUUUCUCAGGAUAUUUGAAAAAAAAAAAAAAAAAGAGAAAAGAAAAGGAAAGAAAAUCAUAAUUAUUUACCUAAGAAUUUUAAUA